AACGCAACUGGUAAAAAAUGGUGGAUCACAAGGUUGUAAGCCCCGUUCUGUUGGUGUAGCACCCUUAACCUACGUGGAUCACUGUAAGUAUGGCCAGGUGCUUCGGCGACAAAUUGAUGGCUCCACACGCGUCUCAGCCAAUUUGUCAGCACAAAGUUUACUCGUUACCGAGCCUGCAUCUCUGCAGAAAAUGGCCCGGGGACUUUCCUGAGCCAUGCACACUGCUAUGGCCCAACCACGCUAACCUGUGAUCCGGUUGCACCUACCCAGAGGCUUCGAAAUAUAUAACUAUGAUAAAUCUUUGAUCAUUCCCCGAUGUGAGACUGACUAACUGAACCCUUUGCUAUCAACAAACACCACACAGAAUUUCAAAUUCCCAGUGGAGGAGUGGAGAAAGGAAUAAAAUAUAUUAGGAGAGGCCUUUUGUGUUUAAGUUCAACUUACUUACCAUUAACAAAUUCUGCUUCUCGAACUGAUCCGUUGUUAAUGCCACACACACAGACAAUGUUCACCAAACCCUGAAUUUAAGUUUAUCUGCAUUCAUAAUUUGAUUUCCUAUUUUUUCAUCUCUUAUCCCAAAUCCAAAACCAUCCGAACCCUAAACCUCUCAAUGCCAACAGCAGCGGCAAGGGAUUCACCUUCAGCCAACAAUCUCGACGACUACUCGGCUUCCUCAACAGUCAUCACCUUCGACCGCCCCAUCCCGUUGCUCCGAGGCCCGUUACCCGCGGGCCCAUCGGACCACCCGUCGUUGGGCCCGAACGUGUUGGCUUUCCGCGACGCGCGUGCCUGGGCCUCCGCGUACAGAUCCUGCGAGCUCAAGAUUGUUCAGCAGUGCGAGGAAGGGGCGAGGAUCGGGUGCGCCAUCAGUUCCUCCAGCCGGUGCAAGCCUCCAUGGUGGAAGGCUCUGCUUGGUUCCAAACCCUCCGAUUUGAAGGAGCGAGAGCUCUGCGAGGAGCGUGAGAUGGCGAAUUGCUUCGCUGAAGCUAAGGAGAAGUGUGUUGAGUUUGCAAAAGACAAGUGCUUGGUUCCUUUCAGGGACGCGCGGAUUAGGGUCAAGGAAAGGGGUUUUGAUUCGAAGCGUGCUGUGAGAUUGAUUCACUGGGCGUCAGUGCCGGAGAGGACGUUGCGGGUGAUCAGUGCACUGGGUUUUGAUGCUGAAUUGGGAGUGACAAAUCGCAGGGCUGGUGAGUUGGUGAGAUAUGAUGAUUGUGUGAAGUGUAUUUUGGGUGAGCAGGAACAAAGUGUUGAAAACUGAAGCUUGGAUUUUGAAAGAGGAAGCACAUCCAGCAUGGUUUUGUCAAAUGCAUGUUUUGUAAUAUUGUUUAAUGCAGGAGAAGUUCAGGUUGUUGCCAUCUCACAAAGCUUGAUCAAGUAUUCAGGUUUUGCACUCUUAUUUUAAAACUGUUUUGGAAUUUUGUUUGAUGGUUAAUACACAAACAUGUUUUAUGGUCAUGGAGUCAUGACCAGAAAAUGCACUGUAGUCCUAUCUAUUGUUAACUGUAUAAGGUUUUGUAGAUGUCACCUGUUCAGUUCGAAGCUAGCCUUUGCAUUCUGGAGUCUACAUCAGUUUAAUCUGAUAACUAAAUCCACUAGGUUUUUCCCUUUUACCAUACUAUUCUUUUUUUAAUGUUCAGCCAGCUGUUUACUGAGUUCAACCACAAUAUGUUUCCCCUUUAUUUUAUUUUAUUUUUCUCGUUGUUUUGCAUGUUUGGGUUCUGAUGUUGAAGGAUUAUGAAGAGUAUGUUCAAUCUAACUAGUUGGAUUAACUCGUCGGGGCAAAACUAUUGGUACCGUCUCUAGUUUGCUUCUGCUUGUAUGUGAUGAUUAUCUAUACCUAUUAUCUAGAGGAUUGAGGGUGUUUGUGUUUAUUAACUUUGUUUGGUCUCUCUCACAAUUUUAUUUUGUAAUAUAAUUCUGAAGUGGUUGUCGAACUUGAUCCCUUCAAGUUACACUCCUUAUGGAUUCUUUAACCAUUGAGCUAUAAUUCUUUUUGUGUUUGUUGUAUGAUAUUAAAAAAUUAAAAAGCGGUCCAAUAAGUGGUGCCUAUUGGACGCUAGUGGUUUUAAUGGAGAUGUUAAAAUAUGUUUCCUCUAAGCUACUUUGGAAUAGCUCAAAUGUUUAGAGACAAGUGGGUUGAAGUCUCAGGUUUAUCAUGUAAGUAUAUCAAUAAAGUGCUCUGGGGCAGAAUGUUGUUUAAAAAUGUGGUGGUGCCUUAGUUCUCUUCUUUUUUUUAUUGGGACAGGGUGGUGCCUUCUGUUUGUUCUGCUUGUUAUGGCCAAAUCUUUGCUGACUUAAAUCAACUGAUGCAGUCCAGAGUGAAAUUUAACUUUCUGUUCUAUGUCAUACCCUCAUACACCAAUUGUGAGUGCCAUACAUUGUAGAUCGAGGUCUGUUUUGUUGACCUAUUCUAUCUUAAAGUACAUAUUUUUGUUUGUUUCUCCUUGCCUUGCUUCAAAUGGGGCUAUAUCAACUGUUACGUUCUAAUCUUUUCUAUUUGUGUUUGAUGUGUCUGUGUUUGCUCAUGGAAACAUCAAAAAAGGAGGAAGUAACUCCCCUUGAACCUUUGCUCUCACACAGAAGUAGCUCCCUAACAUAUUAUUUUAUAUUUAGCUAAGAUUUUCCUGUGUUUUGCUUGUUGCUACACUUUUGUUGAUAUUAUGUGAAUUUAUUUAUUGGUGCUAGAAAAAGAGGAGCAUUUGGCAAGCAAUUUCUCCAUAAUUAAUCUUACGGUGGUAGUUAGAGGAUGGAGAAAUGAAAUACUUUAGGGGUUUUAGACUCACUUUUCCCUUUAAAGACAAAGUUCAAUUGAACAUGGUAGUCUAUAAGUUAAAUAUGUGUAUAAUAUCUUAUUUUUAUUUAUUCCUUCAUUACUUGUUUAUUGAAUCUUCCUAAAGAACGAAGAAAAAUAUGCAUUUCUCCCCAAAAUUAUUUACUUUUCUUGCCAACUUCCAAACAUUUGUCCAUUGGUGUGAGAGAGAAAUUAAGUUGAGAUUUAAGUGGGUGGUUAGUAGGAGUCCUAGGUGGGAAACAUAGAGCCAUGGAAAAUUUCUGAAGUUGAUUCUCGUGGAUAAUGGAGACAAUGAGAUGAUUGUAAAAUUUUAAGACAAAAUGGCCAGAAACAAUGUUCAUUUUGCUUAGACUUCAAAUGCCUUAUUUAGAGGAUUGAUUAGAAAAAAAAAAUAUUUCCUUCGUGCUAGUAGUUAGUAUUUAUAUGCAAAUUUCUAUAAAUUUAAUUGCACUACUUCCUGGCGACUCAGGUUGCUGAAAUUAACGGUUUAUGAUGUGCCCUACAAUUAUUAAAACAAAGACUUGGUCAUUGUGGAAAGGGGCUGUCGACUUGGAAGGUGCUGCGAAGUUUCAGUGAUGGCCCUCCAGGAAUUUAUAAUGCUUUUAGGGCCCAGGUCCAAAUAUCAUAUUUGCCCAAAAUUACCGGAAAGUUUCGUAUGGUAGGUAUAUCUCAACAUAUGAAAAGUCAACACUGUUACGACUGAUGAAGUUACUAUGUAGUUUCCAAUGUUAAUGAGGAGAAAGAAAUAGAAGCACGAUUCAUGAGGCGUGAUUAACCACUAACACCUUUUCCAUUGGCGUUAUCAACGUAUAAAACCUGCUCCCUCUCUUGUUCGUCACAGUUGGAAAGUACGAAGAAAAUGUAAACCUAACCAUACCAUACCCUGUGACACUGAAUUAAGUUUAGAGGCAAAUUGGAAGGAGGAAAACCACAAGGUCUACAUUCUAAAUAUAAAUAAUGUGUUGAUAACUUGUCAAGAUUUGGCGUGUGGUCUGCACAAACAUUUGUAGAUUCUGAGUAAUGGAUUAAAAUGGGUAAAACACCUCAAUAAAUCAAAUGCACAUCAAUAUCGCCUGAAUGUUCUAAACCAGAAAAUGUCGCGUGAAAGUCUCAAAAGUAUAUUUAUAUA